CCGUCCCGUCCCGUCCCGUCCUGCCCCGCCGCCCGCUCGCUCCGCUCCGCUCCCGCAGACGAUGGUCCGGCGCUGGGCGAGGUCGCUGCUGCCCUGCAAGUCCUUCGCCCUCCUGCUGCUGCCGCCGCUGCUGCUCCUGCCGCUGCCGCUCGCCCUCCGCAGCCUGGAGGCCAGAUGUGGCUAUGUCAUCAUCCUCAUGGCUGUGUACUGGUGCACAGAGGUUAUCCCCUUGGCUAUUACUUCUCUGCUCCCGGUUGUAUUAUUUCCUCUGUUUGGCAUCCUGGAGUCUAAAGAGGUGUGCAUGCAGUACCUGAAGGACACCAACAUGCUCUUUGUCGGGGGCCUGAUUGUAGCCGUGGCCGUGGAGCACUGGAACCUGCACAAACGCAUUGCACUGAGGGUCUUGCUCAUCGUCGGAGUCAAGCCUGCACUCUUAAUGCUGGGGUUUAUGGGAGUCACUGCCUUCCUCUCCAUGUGGAUAAGCAACACUGCCACUACUGCCAUGAUGGUUCCUAUCGUCCAGGCUAUCUUGGAGCAAAUGUACAGCACUGAGCAGGAGCUGGCAGAGCAACCUGUUGGGCAAACCAAUGUCACGAUCGAGCUGGAAGAAAAAAAUGGAGCGAACAUGGUGGGGGUGCAAGUCAUAAGUAAUGGGCACAUCUCUGACGACCCCACAGCAUAUAAGGAAAGCCAAUUAAAGAAGCGCACCUGCAAGGGGCUGAUACUGUGCGUGUGCUACGCUGCCAGCAUCGGAGGAACUGCAACGCUUACAGGAACAGGGCCAAACCUGGUGUUGAAAGGCCAGAUGAAUGAAUUGUUCCCCAGAAAUGGUGAUACUGUGAAUUUUGCUUCCUGGUUUGGAUUUGCCUUCCCUAACAUGAUUCUGAUGUUGAUAUUAGCUUGGCUUUGGCUCCAGUUUUCAUUCAUGGGACUCAAUUUGAAACGGACCUGGGGCUGUGGGAUGGAGAGGACCGACAAAGAGAGAGCUGCAUUCAAUGUGCUUAAGUUAGAGCUCCAGAAACUGGGCUCCAUCUCCUUCGCAGAAUUCAACGUCCUCAUGAUAUUUGUUCUUUUGAUUCUCCUGUGGUUUACACGUGACCCCGGUUUCGUUCCUGGCUGGGCCACCUACCUCUUCAACAGGAAAUCAGAGUUUGUCACUGAUGCCACGGUCGCUAUCUUCAUUGCACUGUUACUGUUCAUCGUUCCGGCAACUAAACCCAAGCUCUUCUGCUGUAAUCGAGAUAGCUUUGAUCCUGAACAGAGGGAGCGAGCUAUGAAAGAGCCGUUCUGGCCAGCCCCCUUGCUAGAGUGGAAGGUGGUUCAGAGAAGGCUGCCCUGGAGUAUUGUGCUGCUGCUCGGAGGGGGCUUCGCCUUGGCCCGUGGAAGUGAAGCUUCCGGUCUUUCAAGAUGGUUGGGUCAACAGAUGUCACCACUAAGCAGUGUUCCUGCCUGGGCCAUUGCAGUGAUACUUUCAUUUGUUACCGCUGUCUUCACCGAAUGCACCAGUAAUGUAGCAACGGCCACCCUCUUCAUGCCUAUCUUUGCAUCCUUGGCACAGUCCAUCAAGGUCAAUCCUUUGUACAUCAUGAUCCCUGGCACUCUCAGCGCCUCUUUUGCCUUCAUGCUACCUGUGGCAACUCCACCGAAUGCGAUAGUGUUUUCAUACGGUCACCUCCGUGUUGCAGACAUGGCUAAAACAGGAUUCAUCAUGAACAUUCUUGGAGUCCUUUGUGUCACUUUGGCCAUCAAUACUUGGGGACGCCCCCUGUUUGACUUGGACACCUUUCCAUCUUGGGCCAACAUCACGUCUGGAAAGUGAGCAUUGAAGAACGUCUUGGAAAGAUGAACUUGAAUACUGUUUUCUCAUUGCCCCGAGACCUGUGCAGCGCCUUAUCGGCAGUGCAGAUGCUGCAUUAGAUGAAUAUAACAUCGUGGGGCCCAAAUUUCUGGUCAGGCACCAACCAACUUGAAAUCAUUCCACUGAGCCGUGAGGACAGCUUCUGCAGAGAUCUCUGAGGAGCUGUGAUGGUAACACGCUUGUUGUGAUGGACUGAUUCAUGUGUGUUUCCAAGCAAGUGGGACGGUAGCGCCCGAUUUUAUUUAACGAUAAUAAAGAGUUGAAAGGCUGCUCUGUAAAAAUGGAUCAAACCAUCAAGUUAGUAGCAUUCACGUGUAAAUCAUUAGCAUAGGACACUGCAUACAGUCAAGGGCUUGCAAUUCAUUAACUUCCUCUUGUGUCCAUAAAUCACCAAUUGUACCAAGUGUCCCUGCUGUCACUGGCAGCGUAAUGUAAGAAGGAUUUACUUAGAGUCGGGCUUAACAACGUGAAGAGAAACUCUUUCCAAGUACACAUCCAGCAAUGUUCACCCAGGCCUUGGCUUCACUCCCAAAUCACAUUAGAGCCACCACGAUGAUGAACGAACACCGCGCUGGCCAUGGCUUUGCAAUGCAGAUAGGCGAGGAGGUGUUGUGAUUAGCUUUUACUUGCUAUGUUGUGGUGCAGGCAGAAGCAAGGAGGAUACCGAGCUAAGUACUGCUUCACCAAUGUACGUGCCUUAUUGUAGACAACCUGGAAGCGAUACAGAUAGACUGCACUUAGACUUCCAGGUAUAAUGAAACUUCUUCGCUUAACCUCUUACAUGCCUUCCAGUUAGUUAACUCCUUAACGUGGGAGUGGAGACAAGGCCUAAAGGAUGGGUUUUUGAAGGGGAACGUAUUUAUAUCUCUAUUUAUGGACCAGGUCCUAAAAUUAGUUCUCAUUGUUCCCUUUGGGAUUGGGCCAGCUGACUCCAGUAAGGGUUUUGUCAAAGUAUUUUGCAAUGUAAGGUCCUACGUGUCAAGUGUUUCACAGCACCUGGUUUAUAACUGGAAUAGCACCAUGAUUUCUCUCGAUGUGUCUGAAGCAAUAACGUCUUCAGAAGAGCUGGUGACAGGUGUUUAGAGGCAUAGCUGGUCAUGCUGUGGCUUCUUGGACAGCGAGGCAAAAAAAAGGAUUUUAUUUAUUCUUUGGAGACUAAAUUAAUGGAAGCCAAUGUGGCAUUGUCUAGUGGGAUGGCACCUCCUGAGUGCUUUCACAGUCUCGCUGCGUGCAGCCGUAGGCAAGUCAUCUAGGCUACAAACAGAUGUUGCAUUUGUCCCGUGAUAUACCAUCCUAUCCUGGGACCAAAUGCAGUCAUUCAGAUGUUCGUGUCCAUUAUCCUGGGAUAAGCCCUAAAAAGGUUCAGGGGAUAAGACGUAUUAAUGGUUUAUCCUGGUAUAUCGCAAAGUGUGUCUGAAUGGUUAAUCUGGGAUUACGUCGCUGCUUCAGAAAAGCAGCAGUGUAUUUAGCUGCUCGAUAAACUCUUUCAAAAGGGCGACGUGUGUACAUGCCAGUCCUGGAAUAUUUCUGUUCUGGGACAAACACAGGCAGAACUGGUCCAGGGACAAAUGCAGCAGCUGUUCCUCGCCUGAACUUUAUAGUGCCUCAUUUUUCCUGUGUGCCUAAUGAGGAAAAUGGUGCUGACCUACCUCACAAGGGUGUUGUGAGGACUGAGGCCCUAAAUCCUGCCACCCUGGUUCCAAAGCCUGAAUAAGGGCUGCAGGAUCUGGCCUCUAAUGAAUCAAUGGAUGUAAGAUGUUUAAUAUUAUUGUUGUUGUUAACGUGACUUUUUUUCUUUAUAGAACUGGAAAAAAUAAUUAUUACUUUGCCUUUAAAAGCAAGGACAUAUCUAUAAAACACCUGGUGUUGGAGAAAGAAAUGUUUCCUGUGCGGAAAACCUUUUAGCUAUUGUUUGAAUUCACUGUGUAAGGGUUUGAUUCUUCACGGUGCUGGACACUCUCAGGUCCACUGACACUUGCUGUUAGCAUCUCCUAAGGAGGUGUGCAGUGGCUCAGACCUGCUGUAGGGGUAUCUAUCUACACCACUACAAAGGGCCAAGGCAGCCUGGGCGGCUGGCUUACACCUACAGGGGGAAGACAGGAAAUCAAAUAGAAAAAGGUGAUAGUGGCUGGUGACCAUCACCCAACAAGCAAAACCUCUUAAUCUAUUAAGCAAGAUGUCAGUUCCAAUAAGAAAUGCUAUGGUUGUGGGGAUCUAGCUUUGCUGAAAUACCUCUAGGAAAACUCAGUGAAAUCAGUGGAAGUUAGAUGCUUAAGCUGCUUAUGUGCGUUAAGGGAUCUCAACUUUGGGUGUGCAAGUACUGCCUAAACUGGAGCACAAGCUGCCUGGCUUUGAGACGCUGUGAUUGCCCUCUACUCUCACUGAUUUCACGGGGUUGGGUCCACCGAUGGUUUUUGCUAUAGGAGGGCCCUUAGCAAACCAUCUCCGACUAUUGGCUGUGAUUUGCUAGCGCAUAAAUUCAGUGCUUGGUUCUCAGUUUUCCUUCCUGUCUAAACUGAUUCUCCUGUGGAAAAGUAUCACUCUUAUGAAACGGAGGUUCCUGUUAAAUGCCGUAACUCAGUCGUUCCUCAGCUCCCCACGCAGAAGCGAGUGGAGGGGAGUUUUCUUAAAUAGGAUGCAUUUAAAUUAUUUGAAUACUUUCCUUUUGGCCAAGGAUAUUUUUUUGCUUCCUGUGCUGCUGCAGGAGUGGAGAUUUAAACUUUCUGUUCCUAUAUGAGCAUGUAAACGGUGUUGUUUAAAUUUCAGGGGGGAACACAGAGAAGUAGAAAGAACAAAACAUGGCUUCAAAUGUCUCGAUCCCUUUUUAUUGAGAUAAUUGAGUCCGCUUUGUACGCGGUAUGGCGCAGUCUUGUAAAUAAUGACACUUUCUUCCUUGCUGAGGCAACUUUGGUGAUUUUUUUUUUUUUUUUUUCUACAAUUGAUUUGUUUUAAUUUAAGUGGGCAAGCCACAGGACAUGAACCUGCCAGACUCAAUCUUUUCUUCAGCACAGAUUGCUUUUCUGGUUACUCAGAGGAAGGCUGGAUUCUCCAUCCCAGUUCACCCUGAAUUUACUGGUGCUGCUGUCACUCCAUUGAAACUGCUUGAGGGACCAGUGGUAGAGAACCAGCCCCAGGGUAUCCUUUGCACCUAAGGGAAGGUCGUCGGAAAAGGAGUUUAGGGUUUCAAGGUGUGUUGUAAAGAUGUGUGAGUUAACACCUAGGCCAGCGGUUCUCAACCUUUUUAGACUCAAGGCAUUCCCUGACAGCCCUUUGGAAUUUGCCACCUUGCAGUUUUCACUUAUUUUUUGACUACUGAACAAUAAUAAAGCAGUUUUUCUGUUGCAAAGAGCUCAGAAAGAACAUGUUGGGUCAGAAAUGUUUUUUUUUUAACACUAUGGUUUUCUGCUUGAAAUCUCUGGGUUUAUCUUGUGAAUCAUGUUUGCACACCUAAUGGUGCCAACUUUGUACACAGCGCGCUUGAAAGGAUCUCAGGGCGCUCCUGGCUGCUGCAGCUCCCUGGUUGAGAAGCACUGUUCUAGGUGCUGGUGUAGACUGUAAUAUGGGAUGAAUUGGUCAAGUUUGAGCCUAGGUUUGUAAAAUGAAAGGGAGGAGUUGCCUCGUGUCAGUGAAGAACAUUUAUUGCUGAAUGCAAACCUUAAGCGGAUGUCCCGAUUGUAAAGCAUACAUGUCAAGGCUUCCCACUUCCCAGCAGUGGGGUAGCUGAUAAUCCAAGCUCGCCUCGAUCUCCGACUAACCAAAGCAGUUUUUACAUAGACCAGGACCCUGGCACCAUUGCUCAUGUUGAGUAGAGCCCCACUCCCCAAGAAGCCCUGUUCAUUUUAACGGGGUUUUCCAUGGGGCUGGGUACUAUAUAUUAAUAAUAAUGCAAGAGCUGGUAUCGAAGACAGGCCCUCCAAGAAGACCAAGGCAAACACAAUGUCCCCAGUGUAACGGACACAAACGGCUUUUCUUCGGCGUCAAGCAUGCAUGUCGUCUUGUUCCAAUGCCUUGAACAAACAUAUUUCUUAAAAAAUUGGCAGUGCAAAGACAACUCUACUCUGUUUCCAACAGUGCCGAGCCACAUCGCCUUCUUGCACUGCAGGGUAGAAAUCAGGAUGGUAACUUGGGGAAGAUAGCCUUUCAGCCUUCCUCAGUAAGUGACUGCUGUAGAUCAAGAGAUGCUGUAAGCUUUGAUGGCCUUAUUCCUCACUGCCAUGUUCCUGGGGGUGCCAAAACCAGGCUUCCCCUCAUGCAGUGUGUUCCUGGCCACAAAAUAUGAUGCCAACAGAGGAUGUGGAAGGACAGCAUUCACAAGUGGCAGCUUCAGGGCCAACAGGCCAGGCCCGUUCCCUCAAUCAUGCUGUGGCAACCACCAGUUCCUCUUUGCUGCAUGAUAGAGCCUGACUCUCUGAGGCUGAAGGCAUGUUGAGUAUCCAGCUGGCAUUGCAAUUGGCAGUAGUGUUUCUGAGGAGCUAACCUACUUCUCUUUUAAAUCCACUUCAUAAUUGAAUCCUUGGUUCAACCCUGUCUUUAUGCUCAAGAAGCAGUGGUUCAGGAUUUUGUCUGCGGAGCAGCAAAUACAGCUUCUUUCUGCCUAGAUCUCCAGGGUUUCAGUGUGGGAGCUCUUAUUAAGGGUAGAAGUGCUAAUGAGAUCUCCCAAAUGGAGGACCAGAGCAAAUAGCUUUGCAUUAGACAGCGUCUGCUAUGUUAGCGCGUGUGCAUCGUGAUUCCCAACAAUCCCACUAACUUCAAUGAGACUACCAGUGAGAAUGAAGAUAUUUGUGUGAGUAACUGCAGGAUGGAGCCUGUAGUUGGCAAAUGAUCAUUCAGACCACAGCAAAGUCCAGGGGAAAUGUAUUUUCUGGUUGGGCCGUGUUGAAUAGGGAGUAGGACCAUUUUUUCUGUCUUUCCUCUUGCAAUUAGAUCUUGUUAGAUGUGCAAGUGGAAAAAAUUGCACUUCAGUAGAAAGAGACUUUGAGUGUAAUAUGGAUUCAGGUCUGGGUCUGAUUUUCCUCAAAGUAAUGAAGCAUUCUGCUUUGGUCCACAAAAAAAUUAAGGCUUAGCCCAGAGGGUCAGCUAAAAUGUGGUGGCUUGUGUUACAAAGGGUGUCACACUAAAUGUUUAUAGCAGUCCCUUUUGGCUUAUACCUGCUCUGCUGCUGUGAAUUUGCAUGGCUUUGUUAAAUUCAGGGUUAUUCUGAUUCGCACCAAAAGAAACUAUGAAUCCAAGAAUUGGAGAAUCCAGCCCUCUUUUCGAGUGACAAGAGCGUUGGCAUAUUCAGAUCUUGCUUUCCGCCUCAGGCCUGUCUCUGCCCUGGAGAGGGAAAUGCCAGAAUAUAGCUGAAAUCAUUCACCAGCAAUAUUUUGGAGCUGGGACAGGGUGGCAACCAGUGGAGGAAAAUAGCCUACUGAAUUUGUUCUGAUGUAAAAAAUGAGACAACAUUUUAAACCAAACAGCCCAGAGGUGUCCCUUACCCUUGUUUGGGAAUUCUGCAGACAGAUUGCAUUUUUAACGCGGUCCCUCUUGCUUUCUAAACCUUCAUGUUGCACACGGAAGGAAGUGUUCAAUCACAAAUCCUUAAUGUUUGGCCUGUUCUGUCGGUUCCCUGAAGGUGAUGGAUUGUUUUGUAUUCUAGCGUGUCUGUGCGAAUAAACGUGUGACUCCCCAACCUC